AUAUUAUGUUCAUCUUUUUCCCCUAGAUCUUUGUUCGUUGGGGGAUUCUAGGUUCGAUUCAUAAACCCAACAAGCGCCGUUGGGUUCGUCAAUCGAACCCAAGAACGCUUGCUGGGUUAUUCGAUCGAACCAAGGAGCACCUGCUGAGUCCUGUUGGAUUCGUCAAUCAAACCAAGGAACACUUGCUAGGUUCAUCGAUUGAACCCAGGAGCACCUCCCGGGUCUGUUGGGUUCGAUCGUCGAACCCAGGAAUGUUGGCUGGGUUUGUCAAUCUAAUGCAGGAGCACCUGCUAGGUCCUGUUAGGUUCAUUGAUCCAACCCAGCAACGCUGGGUUCACCUAUUGGGUUCAUCGAUCGAACCCAAGAGCACUUGCUGGGUCCUGUUGGGUCUUGUUCGGUUCGACUAUUGGGUUCGUCGAUCGAACCUAGCAGGCACUAUUGGAAAGUGUCUAGGUUUGCAGAAGGUGAAAGGAAAUGAAGAGGAAGAAGAAGUGGUUGCUGGGUUCGAUUUCAAACCAAGCGCACCGUUGGGUUCAAUCAACCCAGUGACUAUUGGGGUUCAAAAAAACCCAAUUAUGCUGGGUUCCUUUGAACCCAUCUUUCAAACCCAGCAAAAGAAAAAUUGGAAGGGUCUAGAUCUAGUGUUGGGGGAAGGAUAGAGAGAGAAAAAAAAUGAAAGGAUGAAAUUACAGGUUUCAUUGGGGGUAAUUACAGGUUUCCUCUUUAGAGUUUGUAGAAGGCAAGGAAAAAGAAAGAGAAAUUUUUAAG